AUGUCUAUCUCACACUCUUUCUUGGAUAAUUUCUCUCUCUCUCUUUCUAUCUAUCUAUCUAACUUUAUUCAUAUCUAUCUAUCUAUCUAUCUAUCUUUGCUCUUCCCUUUCUUUCUUUCUUUCUUUCUUUCUAUCUAUCUAUCUAUCUUUGCCUCUUCCUUUUCUUUCUUUCUAUCUAUCUAUCUAUCUUUGCCUCUUCCUUUUAUUUCUUUCUUUCUUUCUUUAUUUCUUUCUUUCUUUAUUUCUUUCUUUCUUUCUUUCUUUCUACCUAUCUAUCUAUCUAUCUAUCUUUGCCUCUUCCUUUUCUUUCUAUCUAUCUAUCUAUCUUGCCUCUUCCUUUUCUUUUCUUUCUUUCUUUCUUUCUUUCUUUCUAUCUAUCUAUCUAUCUAUCUUUGCCUCUUCCUUUUCUUUCUUUCUAUCUAUCUAUCUAUCUUUGCCUCUUCCUUUUAUUUAUUUCUAUCUAUCUAUCUUUGCCUCUUUCUUUUCUUUCUUUCUUUCUUUCUUUCUAUCUAUCUAUCUAUCUUUGCCUCUUCCUUUUCUUUCUUUCUAACUAUCUAUCUAUCUUUGCCUCUUCCUUUUAUUUCUUUCUUUUUUUCUUUAUUUCUUUCUUUCUUUCUUUCUUUCUAUCUAUCUAUCUAUCUAUCUUUGUCUCUUCCUUUUCUUUCUAUCUAUCUAUCUAUCUUUGCCUCUUCCUUUUCUUUCUUUCUUUCUUUCUUUCUUUCUUUCUAUCUAUCUAUCUUUGCCUCUUCCUUUUCUUUCUUUCUAUCUAUCUAUCUUUGCCUCUUCCUUUUCUUUCUUUCUUUCUUUCUUUCUAUCUAUCUAUCUAUCUUUGCCUCUUCCUUUUCUUUCUAUCUAUCUAUCUAUCUUUGCCUCUUCCUUUUCUUUCUUUCUUUCUUUCUUUCUUUCUAUCUAUCUAUCUAUCUUUGCCUCUUCCUUUUCUUUCUUUCUAUCUAUCUAUCUUUGCCUCUUUCUUUUCUUUCUUUCUUUCUUUCUUUCUUUCUUUCUAUCUAUCUAUCUAUCUUUGCCUCUUCCUUUUCUUUCUUUCUAUCUAUCUAUCUAUCUCUUCCUUUUCUUUCUUUCUUUUCUUUCUUUCUAUCUAUCUAUCUUUCUUUUCUUUUUUUUCUUUCUAUCUAUCUAUCUUUGCCUCUUCCUUUUCUUUUCUUUCUUUCUUUCUUUCUUUCUAUCUAUCUAUCUAUCUUUCUAUCUAUCUAUCUUUGCCUCUUCCUUUUUCUUUCUUUUCUUUCUUUCUUUCUUUCUUAUCUAUAUCUAUCUAUCUUUGCCUCUUCCUUUUCUUUUCUUUCUAUCUAUCUAUCUUUGCCUCUUCCUUUUCUUCUUUCUUUCUUUCUUUAUUUUCUUUCUUUCUUUCUUUUCUUUCUAUCUAUCUAUCUUUGCCUCUUCCUUUUCUUUUCUUUUUUCUAUCUAUCUAUCUAUCUUUGCCUCUUCCUUUUUUUUUCUUUCUAUCUAUCUAUCUAUCUUUGCCUCUUCCUUUUUUUCUUUCUUUCUUUCUUUCUUUUUUUCCUAUCUAUCUAUCUAUCUUUUUGCCUCUUCCUUUUCUUUCUUUUUCUAUCUAUCUAUCUAUUUUCUUUUUGCUUUCUUUCUUUCUAUUUCUAUCUAUUUUUCUUUCUUUUUCUUUCUUUCUAUUAUCUAUCUAUUUUCUUUUUCUUUCUUUCUAUCUAUCUAUCUUUCUUUAUCUAUCUAUCUUCCUUUUCUUUCUUUUCUUUCUAUCUAUCUAUCUAUCUUUGCCUCUUUCUUUUUUCUUUCUUUCUUUUUUCUUUCUUUCUAUCUAUCUAUCUAUCUUUGCCUCUUCCUUUUCUUUCUUUCUAUCUAUCUAUCUAUCUAUCUUUGCCUCUUCCUUUUCUUUCUUUCUUUCUUUCUUUCUUUAUUUCUUUCUUUCUUUCUUUCUUUCUAUCUAUCUAUCUAUCUAUCUUUGCCUCUUCCUUUUCUUUCUAUCUAUCUAUCUAUCUUUGCCUCUUCCUUUUCUUUGUUUCUUUCUUUAUUUCUUUCUUUCUUUCUUUCUUUCUUUCUAUCUAUCUAUCUAUCUAUCUAUCUUUGCCUCUUCCUUUUCUUUCUAUCUAUCUAUCUAUCUUUGCCUCUUCCUUUUCUUUCUUUCUAUCUAUCUAUCUAUCUUUGCCUCUUUCUUUUCUUUCUUUCUUUCUUUCUUUCUUUCUAUCUAUCUAUCUAUCUUUGCCUCUUUCUUUUCUUUCUUUCUAUCUAUCUAUCUAUCUUUGCCUCUUCCUUUUCUUUUCUUUCUUUCUUUCUUUCUUUAUUUCUUUUUCUUUUCUUUUUUCUUUCUAUCUAUCUAUCUAUCUAUAUCUUUGCCUCUUCCUUUUCUUUUUCUAUCUAUCUAUCUAUCUUUGCCUCUUCCUUUUCUUUUUUCUUUCUUUCUUUCUUUCUAUCUAUCUAUCUAUCUAUCUUUGCCUCUUCCUUUUCUUUUCUUUCUAUCUAUCUAUCUAUCUUUGCCUCUUCCUUUUCUUUCUUUCUUUCUUUCUUUAUUUCUUUCUUUCUUUCUUUUUCUAUCUAUCUAUCUAUCUAUCUAUCUAUCUAUCUAUCUAUCUAUCUAUCUUUGCCUCUUCCUUUUCUUUCUAUCUAUCUAUCUAUCUAUCUUUGCCUCUUCCUUUUCUUUCUUUCUUUCUUUCUUUCUUUCUUUCUUUCUUUCUUUCUAUCUAUCUAUCUAUCUUUGCCUCUUCCUUUUCUUUCUUUCUAUCUAUCUAUCUAUCUUUGCCUCUUCCUUUUCUUUCUUUCUUUCUUUCUUUCUUUCUUUCUUUCUAUCUAUCUAUCUCCCCGUCAUUUCUUUAA